CUACGUACCUGCGCUUCCGGCCUCGUCCCAACGUCGCCUCUCGUUGGCCGCGGCGUAGCGCACUCACCUUCCUCUGUACCGGAUCUUCCGCCCGCGCGUGCGCAGUAUCCUGCAGACCGGGAAUUGAGUUUAAAUGAGCGACAGAGAGUUCUGGGGUCAUUUCCCAAGACUGAUGUUACCUGAGAAGGAAUCCCAGAGGAAGAGGAAAGCAAGGAGUUAGAAAUGACUCGGUCCAAGGGACAGCUGACAUUCCAGGAUGUGGCCAUAGACUUCACUCAAGAGGAGUGGGAAUGCCUGGACCUCGGUCAGCGGGAAUUGUACAGGGACGUGAUGUUAGAGAACUACAGGAACCUGGCCUCCUUGGCUAUGUCUCCACAAGAUACCCAGGAUUUGAUGCCGAAGAAUCCAGCAUUAGAAGAUAUAUUCCCCAAAGCAACCCUAGGAAUAUGUCAAACAUUUCACCUCGGAAACUUAAAUUUAAUGAAAGACAGGGAAUAUGCGAGGGUAAAUGAAAGACAGAGAGGAUGUUUAUAUGGACAUAAAGAAAUGGAGACAGUUAUACAUAAUGCUAAUGUUACUGCAAAAAGAAAUGAGCAACGUGCAUCAAAUUGGGAAAAACACCAAGUUCAGUCUUCAACGUCUGCUGAGAAGAGUAAGUGUUUAAGAAAAGAUGCCCAUCCUUUUUUGAAACAUACAUGUUCUCUAAAAGGGAACAUGGACAAUCUUAAAGGUAAUCUAGUCUCUACUGCAAAUACUCAUUCAGACAAUUCUGAAGGUAGGCUUCGACUAAACAUACAUUCAACCAUGUCUGAAUACUUACAAUUUAACAAUGAGAGGACAAACUCACAAUUUAAUCACUUUGAGGGAUCCAUGAGCAGGGAGUCAUUUUUCUUCCCACAAGAGAUAUUUUCUCCCCAUUCCGAGAUGUAUAAUGUUGAUGAAAAUGAAAGAGAUGCCACCCAGCCAUCAUUGUUCAGUACAUAUCGUGAUGUGGUUACUACACAGCAGCUUUGCAUGUAUAAUAAAAUGAGUCAGACCUUAAGUAAGAGCUCCAGCUCCAAUAAUUACAGGAGUAUUUAUGGUGGAGUGAGAAGGUAUUCAGGCAGUGAAACUGGGUAUACGGUUGAAGGAGACUCAAAACUUAUGAAACAUCAGGAACCUGAAUCUUCAAACAAGGAUUCUAAAAGUAAAACAUUUGGAAAUACCUUUGAUGAAAUGGCAAGUUUUUCUCUAAAUAAGAGUACUUGUAGUGAAGAGAGGACUUGUGAAUAUGGUAAGGUUUCUAAUCAGUCUUCAGAACUUAUUCAACAGCAGACUGUUCAGAAUCCACAGAAAGAAAACAAGUGUAAUAUAUGUGGGAAUGUCUUUAGUAAAGCAUCCAAUCUAAGCAAACAUAGGAAAAUCCAUACAGAAAGGAAACCUUUCAAAUGUACAGAUUGUAGCAAAGCGUUUAACCGUCAUUCACAUCUUACUCAACAUCAGCGAAUUCACACUGGAGAGAAACCUUAUAAAUGUACAGAAUGUGGCAAAGCCUUUCCUUACAGUUCAAGUCUUACUGAACAUCAGCGAAUUCAUACUGGAGAGAGACCUUAUAAAUGUACAGAAUGUAGUGUAGCCUUUGUCUGUUCCUCACAUCUAACCUAUCAUCAGCGAAUUCAUACUGGAGAGAAGCCUUAUAAAUGUAAAGAAUGUAACAAAGCCUUUCUUAGUCGCUCACUUCUUACUCAACAUCAGCGAGUUCAUUCUGGGGAGAGACCGUAUGCAUGUAAAGAGUGUAACAAAGCCUUUAUUCGGCGCACAGAUCUUUCUAAACAUCAGAGAAUUCAUACUGGAGAGAGACCUUAUAAAUGUAAAGAGUGUAACAAAGCCUUUAAUCAUUACUCAAAUCUAACCUAUCAUCAGCGAAUUCAUACUGGAGAGAGGCCUUAUAAAUGUAAAGAAUGUAGCAAAACCUUUAUCGAUCGGUCACAUCUUACCCAACAUCAGGGAAUUCAUACUGGAGAGAGACCUUAUAAAUGUAAAGAGUGUAACAAAGCCUUUAUUCAAAACUCAGGUCUAACCUAUCAUCAGCGAAUUCAUACUGGAGAGAGGCCUUAUAAAUGUAAAGAACGUAUCAAAACCUUUAUCCUUAGCUCACAUGUUACCCAACAUCAGCAAAUUCAUACUGGAGAGAAAACUUAUCAUUGUACACAGUGUGGCCAAACCUUUAUUUCUCAGUCAAAGUUAAUUGUACAUCAUCGAAUCCAUACUAGGGAGAAACCAUACAAAUAUAAAGAAUGUGGCAAAGCCUUUUUUACGAGUUCGGACCUUUGUCAUCAUCAGCGAAUUCAUACCGCCGAUAGACGUUAUCAAUGUACAGAAUGUGGCAAGGCUUUUAUUAUGCGUUCUAGGCUUACUAGACAUCAGCGAAUACAUACUGGGGAGAGACCAUAUUCAUGUGUUGAAUGUGGCAAAGCCUUUGCUUGCAACUCGACACUUACUCAACACUGGCGAAUUCAUACUGGAGAGAGACCUCAUAAAUGUAAAGAAUGUAACAAAGCCUUUCAUCGUCGCUCAUUGCUGACUCAACAUCAGCGAGUGCACUCUGGAGAGAGACCUUAUAAAUGUACUGAAUGUGGCAAAGCCUUUGGUCGCUACUCAACGCUUUCUACACACCAGCGAAUUCAUACUGGAGAGAGACCUUAUAAAUGUACAGCAUGUGGCAAAGCCUUUAGUCGGAGUGAUCAUCUCACUAAACAUCUGAGAACACACACUGGAAAGAAACCCUACUAAUGGCACAAGUGAUGGAAGAGAUUUUCCCUAAAUGUGCAUCAGAAAACACAAGAGUUUAUACGAGAAACCUAUGGAGAUGAUGUAACGAAUAUGUAGAAAGGUAUUUUAAUCAAAAGUUAAAUCGAAAUAAAUAUCAGAGACUGCAUACUAGAAGGCAUUUCAUCAGUCCUCUUUUCUGAAGUUUCUCUGAAGGAGAAUGACUGUAGGGAGUACUCCAUAGUUAAAACACAUGGAAAGUGGAUAUAUUAGCAUAAAUCAUGAGAUGAAGGUUGAUGGUUAGAAAGUUACAAUUCUUAGUAAUGUAUGUAUGCUUGUUAAUAAUGAUGUGAUUUGAGAUUAUUUGAAGUGAAUGUUAUUAAGCACUCAAACCAUCCAUACUAUGCUUUGUUUCUAGUGUGUUUGCAGACAUAGAUUUUUGAUGGUUUAUUAAAGAUUAGCCUUUUUAUAUUGUGUUGCAACCAUUUCUAUCUAUCCUCCAUUAGAAGAUGAAGGAUACCAUACUGUAAAAUGGACAAUGGCCAUCUAAAUGGACGUGUUUUUCAUUGAUGUGAAAUAUCUGGAGGUUGCCAUGAUGUAAGUGAUCAUUUAACCUUUCCAUGUUGUAAAGUAAGCAGAAGUUGGUUGUAAGGGUUCAAUAGUAAUAUCCCUGAUUUUAAGAAGAACACAAUGACAGUUCACUGCAAUAUUGAUGUAUCUUUAUAAUAUCAACACAGGUCAUGAUUAUUACUUGACACUGUUGAAAUAAACACAGCUUUUGUGAUAA